AUGGUACAUGGGAUUAGUGUUAUGAUUUCUGUGACAUUAUUAUCAUUUGUCCGAGACGGGGAUGGUGAUGUCUCCGACGCUAUAGAUUCCGAUGAAGACAGUGCGCUGAAAGACGCAUUACUAUUGGUGGACAUCCUGAAAUCAGCAUACGUCAAAGUUUUAAAAGAAAAUGGAGAUCUUCGUGCGGGCUCUGAUACUACUGCAGAAUUAUCGACGUGUCCUACAACUAUAGCGACAAACACUACACCGAUAAGAAAUGUGUCAACAAUCCGUGUUCCACUCACUCAACCGAUAUCGUCGCCAGCAACAUGGGACGCCGUUAGCGACAAAAAUUCAUACAACUGGUCGCCACCACCUUUCUACCGUUCGAAUCCAAGGAACUAUAGAAGAUAUCCUCCGAGUAAGACACUUUAUGAACAUUAUUUUCAAGCUUAUUUUUAAGCACUUGGCAAUCACCAGUUUGCGUGU